AUGCCUACCUCCGUCGACAAUCGUCUGCUCAACAUCGUGAAGGAGACUCUGGGCGUAACGGUACAACAAGUGUCGCAGUUCACGCGACGCUGCAAGCUCGGCCUCAAGAUCGACCAUGUCGCCGUCGUCUGCCUCGAGAGGGAGGGUCUGGGGGUGAUUUUUGAAUAUUGUCUUAUGCACAACGGCUUCGGUUGCGCCGUGGGGAGGUGCCGCGUCCAGGCCGAGCAAGCAAACCUCGAUCGCAUGCGAGAACGCGCUGACCUCCUCCGCGACCCGCCUGUGAAGUUCGGCGGGUGGGUAUUGAUGGGGGCCGUUCCGGAGCUGUACGCACCUGGACCGGAGUCCGCGCAGCUGCGCCAGUUGCUGGAGCAGAGGCCGGGCUCAGGCGUACUAAGGCGCGGGCGUACGGUUCUGGUAGAAACGUUAUUCUUUGUGACGGACGCCGAAGAUCCGGUCCCCAUCCCCCUCAUCGGGGUGAUAGACUCCACGGGGAUGGAGCUCGAGAUCCCCGGGCCCGCCGUGCAGCCUGUGCUAGCGCAGGCGAUUCCGCUUCUCAACCGCUACAAGGGCGUACGAGCGACCCGCAAGCCAUGGCCCGUCUUCGACCUCUACAACCCGGCCUGGCAGACGUUCGUACCUUCGAAAAUGAGCCCUACCUUCCCCGUUCGAUUGCAACUCCCCCUACGCGACAUCCCCGUGUUCAGGGACGCCACGGUCGAGCAAACGGAGCACGUCCUCGACUACGCGAGGGGCCGGCGCGCCAUCGACCCCAUGUGCUCGUUGAAGUACGGCUUCAUCGGGCUGGACUUUAUCUGGCCUGUGGGCCUCCAGGAGCCGCGCACAUACAUGGAAGCCGCGUGGAACGUGUUCCCCUGGCCGUAUCCGUUGGUCACCGUAGCUGUGCGACCACAGCUCGGCGAACCUGGCUGCGUGGUGAAACUGGCGGUGGAGCCAAGGGAGGAGCGUGCGGCUAGCGAGGAGAAGGACGAGGAGGGCGUGGACCUCGGCGUAGACGACGAUUCUGAAGGGGAGGAACGGCUGUGGGAGCUGGAUUCAGACGGGUACUAG